ACUUUUUUAUUUUUUAUUAAAAAAAAAGGGUCUGUGGUGAAUUAUUGAUGUCGUUUCUCUAGAGCUCUGCAAUAUGAUUCGUUUCCCGGGGACUCGAUUGUACUGGGACUGCCGUCCUCCUUUCUGCUUUUUCCGUCGACUUCUCUGCUACUACGGCAUCCAUUUUUCAAUCUCUAAUUCCAAGACCUAAACCUCUGAUUUAAAAAGGCAAAUUUAACGCAAUUAGACGUCGUGGGAGUUUCAGGAAUGGAGAACGCUGAUGUCUUCUUUGGUUUACAUGACUUCCUAGAUCGCAUGCGCCAGCCUUCUGCCGCCGAUUUCGUUAAAUCCAUCAAGAGCUUCAUUGUCUCGUUUUCAAACAAUGCUCCUGAUCCAGAAAGGGACAGUGCUAUGGUACAGGAGUUUUUUGCCAACAUGGAAGCGGCUUUCAGAGCUCAUCCACUCUGGGCCCGUUGCUCAGAUGAGGAACUGGAAAGUGCUGGUGAAGGACUCGAGAAGUAUGUAAUGACAAAGUUAUUUACCCGUGUGUUUGCUUCACUUCCAGAUGAUGUUAAAGUUGAUGAGCAACUUUCUGAGAAGAUGUCUUUGAUUCAACAGUUCAUUAGGCCAGAAAAUUUGGACAUUAAGCCAACCUUUCAAAAUGAAACGUCAUGGCUGCUUGCCCAGAAAGAACUGCAAAAGAUCAAUAUGUACAAAGCACCGAGAGACAAACUUGUGUGCAUUCUCAAUUGUUGCAAGGUCAUAAAUAACUUAUUGCUUAAUGCUUCAAUAGCAUCGAAUGAGAAUCCUCCUGGGGCUGAUGAAUUUCUUCCUGUACUAAUUUAUGUUACUUUGAAGGCAAACCCUCCACAGCUGCAUUCAAAUUUGUUGUAUAUACAACGAUACAGGCGUCAAUCCCGCUUAGUUGGGGAAGCAGCCUACUUUUUCACAAAUAUGCUCUCCACAGAGUCUUUCAUCUCAAACAUUGAUGCAAGAUCCCUUUCAAUGGAGGAAAGCGAAUUUGAAAAGAACAUGGAAUCUGCUCGAGCUCUUUUGUCUGGGCUUUCAACUGAUUUAGGCGGUUCUAAUAAAAGUGAUCCAAGCAUAGGAAAUAGUCUUAAAGCAGAACUUCUAGAAUCCAGACUUCAGGCUUUAAAUUCAGGCAAGGAAAGGAAAUCCUCGUUUAGAUCCAAGUCUUUUGAAACAAGAUCUGUCAGCAAGGACGUACAUUAUGUGAAAGAUGAGUCAUCUAUGGCAAAGGUUCCAUCCCUCUCAGAUAUAGAGAAUAGAGGAGCAUUGAUGCUUUUGAAGGAGGAUUUGCCAAGCAUAGUCUUUCGAGAAUACCCCUAUUUGUUUGCUCAUACUGGUGAUCUUACUAUCAGUGAUGUAGAAGACCUACUAAACAAUUACAAACAGCUGGUUUUCAAGUAUGUUUGUCUUUCCAAAGGUCUGGGUGGUGCUUUGCCACCAUGCCAUCCCUCCAAUUCUCAAGUUCAUCGACCUCAUGAAGCUGAAACAGCCAAAGAACGUCAGGACAAUGGAGCAGUAGAGCCAAACGAUGAAACAGAAAAACACAUUGCUAUGACAAAUAGCUCCAGCACAAUUUCUCUUGCUGGUGAAGAAAACUUUGAAUCAAAGUCCCCACUUGAUAAGGCAGUGGAGGGAAAGGAGGAGACUUCACAUUAAUGGUUCAUUGUGUCUGGGCCAUGUCUUCUUUAUGAGUAAUAAAACUCUCAACACAACAGCUGCAACUGGAAGUGUUUGUUUCUUUUUCUGCUGAAAGAACUAGUUUUACAUUGGGUUUCAAGUGCAGAAAGAACAAAUGGAAAUCUAUUUUUUCAUAUCAUUGGUGUUUCCAUGAAAGCACUUAAGACAGACCUCUUGGCACCACAUGAUCCCAGAGUACAUCUGAUUUUUUUCUCCAGGUGUAUGAAGAUUAUAUGUUUAGCAGAAUGCACAUGAACAUGGAUGAUUAGGUUCUCGAUGGCAGUACCUAUCAGGAGGUACAUCCUUGCAGUUUUUUCCCCUAUUUUUUCCCACUCUUGUAAUCCAUGUUGAUCUCUUAUUAUGCUGCUUCUUUUAUAUUUUUAGACACGAGAAUAAUCAGAUUGCUGUAGUUUUUUUCUUUCUUGGCGGAAUUUGUUAUUUGUCAAGCUUGACAUUUGAAGUUGACAUUUCUAGGCCUCCUCAAGAUUCGAAAAUGCGAGCCAUAGGACACCACAAUCUGUGGCUUCAUGUUUAAUUCAGUAAAAAUGACAUUGUUAGAAGCAA